CGACAGCGUUUUGGAUGGUCUUAAAGACGGAAGAACAACCCACAGUGAGGAACUAGAACCCCUGCGGCCAGAAACUGUGGAUUCUGUCGUUAAAUCCUCGAAAAUUAGUUGCAGAUCUAUUUGAAUCCGUUAAUCCUCUGCGAAGAUCGCGGAAAAUAAAGACAAAAGGGGGGUGGGAGAUGAAGCAGGCGAGAUUUCUGGAUUGGUAUCUGAAGAUCGCGAUUGGAUCGGCUAUCAUCGGCGGAGGAAUGGAGUUCUUCAUGAUCAAGACUGGUUUCUACGACAAGGUUACUGUACUUGAAGCUGAGAAACGUGCCUAUGAAAAUUCCCCUGAAGCACAAGCCGUGAGAGAAGCCCUUAAUCCCUGGAGAAACAAGGACGCUGAAGCUACCAAAACUCCAUAGAGUAAUCGUUAAGUUCCUUUCCUCUCACUCUCACUCUCACUCUCACUCUCACUCUCAAACUUUGCAAAUGUUCAUUCAAUCUCUGCUGUUUUGACAUAUAAAGUUUUCCCUUUCUGCCUUUUUUCCAUUUGCUAAAUGUAGCGGCCUUGAACACAUUUACAUCUUAUGAAUGAAGAAGAUAUACGAUGCUUUA